AUGGCGGGCUCUUCGUUCAGCAAGCUCAUCCGCCAAGCUUCGGCUUGGUAUUACGGCUGGACGCCCAUGAUCAUGCUCGUCUGCUACAGCAUGCUUUCCUUCUUCUUCUACCUCCUCAUUCCGGCGGGUCUUCACCGAGCUCUCUGGUACACGCUCGUAGCCCUGCAGACCUUCACUGCGCUCUCCGUCUCCACCGAGGCCAUGCAGAGUAUCCGACCCUCGAUCAACGCACGCAAGGCAUGGCGCCACGCACAGGUGCACGGCUUCAAGCUCGAGGAGGGCCAGGAGUGGCCCCUUAUCGAUGUCGUGCUGGUCGCCUACCUCCCCAACGAGCAGGAGAUUAUCAUGCGCCAGGUCAAGUACGCCCUUCGCGAGCUCAACUACCCUGCUAAUCGUAUGACCAUCAACGUUUGCUACAACACGCCUUACCCCAUCGAGCCCGUCGAGACUGAGCUGCGCGACCUCGCCAAGGAGCGCUCCAACCUCCGCAUCGUCAAGGUCCCCAAGUCCACCUCCAAGGCCGACAACAUCAACCACUUCCUCACGCUCGAGUCCAAGGGAGAAAUCAUCACGCUCUACGAUACCGACCACUACCCUGAACCCGAUGCGCUCCGCUGGGUGGCCAAACGCUUCAUGCAGGGUGGUGUCGAUAUCAUCCAGGGACGAUGCUGUAUCUACAACUACUCGGAGACGUUCAUGACUCGUCUGAUUGCCUCCGAGUUCGAUCUCAUCUACGGUGUCAUGCACUCGGGUCGUGCCGAAAUCCAGGGCUACGGUUUCUUCGGUGGCUCCAACGGUCACUGGAACGCUUCGCUCCUCCGCACGCUCGGUAUGCAGAAACACAUGUUGACCGAGGAUAUCGAUUCGUCGAUGCGCGCCAUCAUCUCCGGUGCUCGUAUCGAGUACGACCUCAAGGUGCUCUCGUACGAACUGGCUCCCGAGACGCUCCCUGCUCUGGUCAAGCAGCGUCUGCGUUGGGCCCAGGGCUGGACCCAGGUGGCCUUCCGUCAUGCUCUGCCUUCGAUCCGUCGUGGUGCCUACUCGGACAACAAUGGCUGGCGUUCGCGCUAUGGUCUCUUCCAGCUUCUGCUCUACCGCGAGUUCUACUUCUACAUCAACUCGCAGCUCGUCUUUAUGCUUGCGUCUGGUAUCUGCUACAACAUCCCCACACAGGGUCUGCAGCGCUACUUUGAGGACUUCGGCGGUUACGCGCUCUCCAUGUUCGCCCUCGCCGCCAACUUGAUCUGUCUUUUCAUCACGAUCUGCAUCCAGGCCAGGAACAGGAGUCAUUUCACCGGCAUGGGAGGCAUCUGGCUGUUUGCUGCUUGCACCCCAAUCUGGUACUCGGUCACCUCGCUCAUGGCCAUCUUCUGCCACUUCCGAGAGUUCAUCAAGUUCGAGAAGUGGAACCCCACGGCGAGGUCGAGCGGCGGCUCCAAGACCAACACCCAGGCCAACACCAUGGCCAACUCGAGGGUCGGCUCCAACACCAACAGUAUCGUUGCGUGA